AUGUUUCCAGCCGGUUCAAUCUGGAAACUAUCCGUCGUUUUGGCCGUGGUUGUCCUCGCCGGUCUACCAGCCGCCGAGCUUGCCGAUCCCCAACGACACGUCCUUUCACGAAGGAUAUCACCGCAGGAAGAGCGUAUUGUUGUCUGUAAUAAGAGCUUCCAGACUAUCUUAAACCCAGCCGAUUUACCAAGAGGGAAAGUCUCUUGCGUAGCAGACGAUAUUCAGUACUUUUGCAACCUCGAUUCAUGCUAUUAUGACGACCCAAUUCGGAACCCCAGCAUCCGUUCCUUGAUUGACAAGUGGCGCUAUGAAGGUUGCUUUGGUUAUUCCAGUGCUGGCAAAAAGGACCAAAAUAUCUUUUGGGCCCAAAAAGUGGCUGCAGCCAAAUUCUGGGUCCAUCAAGAAAAAGAUAGAAAAAACCCUAGGAAAAAUCAAGAGAAUGGAUACAUGGUUAUCACAGGUUAUGACGACCUACAUGGCAAGUCACCACACACUUACGUUUGUGCAUGGAAGUCUUAUCUGGACCACAACAGCAACCUCCCUACGUGUGGUAAAUGUAUCCCCCAUGACUUCAAGGAAGAACUUGCACCAAAACGCAAGUACCCAUUUUGA